AUGACAGAAGUAAAAGACGUGAAUUUAAAAACACUCCAAAAUGAGAGACUAUGGAGAAGUCAAAAGAAAACAUCCAAUUGCUUCCCGAAAUCAGCAGUGUUUGGAUUUUUGGCUUUUUUGAUAUUAGGUUCGGAAUCAGCGACUCCAACAAUUCCUAUAGAUACCGAGUUUCACACAAAUUCAUCAAAGUUUUUUUCAAUGUCUAUCAUAAAAGGAAUUACAUUAGAAGAAGAAAUGAAGAGGAAUCCUCAAAUGAAACUGUCCGAUAUAGAAUCACUGAGAGAAUGGUGCGAGAAACAACAGCAUUUGCCAAAAAUUGAAGACAGCUUCCUCGCUUUGUUUCUUCACAACAAUUACUAUCAAAUAGAACCAACGAAAAACAAAAUCGAGAAUUAUUAUACGAUAAGGACACUUUUACAAGAAGAAUUUUGCAAUCGAGAUCCACUUAAAGAAAAAGGGCUACAACAAAUUUUCAAAACCGUGGCUAUUUUUCCUCUGAAUGGAUUGACAAAAGAUGGCUAUAAGAUGGCAUUUUCAUCACUACUAGACAGCGAUCCUUCUUCCUAUGACUGGCUUUACGGCUUCAAAUAUGUUACAAUGUCAAUGGACGUACAUUUUUUGAUGGAUGGUACAAAUAAUGAUUUUGUUUUCAUAAUCGACGGCAGUAAAUUUUCCGUCGGUCAUGUUACACGAAUGAAUCCAUUGGUAAUAAAAAAAUAUGCGUACUACGUUCAAGAGGCAGCGCCGAUACGAUUUAAGGCAGUUCAUAUUAUAAAUACGUCACCUGCCAUGGAAUUGUUUAUGAGCUUGAUAAAGCCUUUCAUAAAAAAAGAGUUUAUAGACACAAUACAUUUUCAUUCAUCGUUAGAGAGCCUUUCUAAAUACAUCUCAGUGGAUGCGUUGCCAAAUGAAAUAGGUGGAAAAGCCGGUUCCGUGCACAAACUAGCUGAAAUUGAAAUGAAAAGAAUCCAAGACUAUCGCGAGUGGUUUCUGUUGGAUGAAUCAGCCAGACGCGUUAAUGAAGCAUUAAGAGUCGGUAAGAGCAAAACAACAAAUGAUUUGUUUGGUACAGAUGGUAAUUUCAAAAAACUUGAUAUAGAUUAA